AUGUUAACCGUUGCAUGCGUGGACCGUAAUUGCAAGUGGAUGUUACGUGCUUCGAGUGUGAAGCAGACUUCUAUAUUCAUGAUCCGAAAAUUCAACCAUGUGCACACAUGUUCGGUAGAUAUCCGUCGUAACGCACAUCGACAUGCCACUACUUUUGUAAUUGCCGAGCACAUUUUGGGAAAAUUGGAUAAUCCAUAUCGGUUGUGCGAUCCUACCGCUAUUGCACGUGACAUAGAACGCGAGUUUGGUGUCAAAAUAAGUUACCAAAAAGCAUAUAGGGCGAAAGUUACUGCUUUACAUAUGCUACAUGGUACACCGGGGGAUAGUUUUCAAAAAUUACCUUCCUAUUGUCACGUUCUGAGAGAGCGUAACCCGGGGACAGUAACCCACAUCGAAAUUGAUUCCCAUAACAGGUUUCAUUACUUCUUCCUAGCUUUCGGUGCAAGCGUUCGUGACUACAUCCGCUACUUGAGGCCCGUUAUUUGUCUUGACGGUAGUCACUUGAAAGGUCCAUACAAAGGUACACUUUUGCUGGCAACUGGCCAAGAUGCCAACAAACAGAUAUAUCCCUUGGCAUGGGGGAUUGUUGAUGCUGAAACAAAUAGAUUGUGGAUGUGGUUUAUGUCCAACUUGAAAGAGCUUAUAGGUGAUUCUGCUGAAUUGGUUUUUGUUUCCGACCGGAAAAAUAGCAUUUUCAAUGCCAUUGCUCACCUAUUUCCUCAGUCCCGUCAUAGGUGCUGUAUAUGGCAUCUAGAAAAGAACUUAGUCCAGCGGUACAACAACGCAAGUGUAAUAUUUCUAUUCAAACGAGCUGCACGAACUUCUCGGGUCGAAGAGUUUGAAAGACUUAUGGGACAGAUCCGUAGGGUAAGUGCAAGAGGGUACGGGUACUUAGAGCGAGCAGGUUUCUCGUUUUGGUCACGAGCACUGUUUGUUGGUCAAAGGUACAACAUUUUGACAAAUAACAAUGCCGAAUCUUUGAACUCAAUGUUGAGACAUGCCCGUUCAUUACCGAUCAUGUGCUUGGUUGAACACAUUCGACAAACUAUGCAGAAGUGGUUUCACGAACGUCGAACCAGUGCAACCACAUGUACUGGCAUGCUGUCGUUGAGGAUGGAGAACGAGUUACGGACAACGCUUGAAACAGGUACAAGGCUUCGAGCUCAUGGCUUGACAGAACAGUUAACACAGGUUGGAAUAUCCAAUGACACGGACAUCGUCGACUUCUCUGAUAACAGCUGCACUUGUCGUGAGUUUCAAAUUAAUCGUAUGCCAUGCGUUCAUGCCACUCGAGUUGCUUGCUUGCGAGGUAUGUCUUUGUAUGACUUAUGCUCACCGUAUUACACAUCGGAAUACUGGAGAGGUACCUAUAGAGAAGCUAUAUAUCCCGUUAUGCGUGAAGUGGACUGGAUAGUCCCAAACGAAAUUACAGGUACUCCUAUUAGGCCACCCAAUGUACGUCGUCCACCAGGUAGACCACCCACAAGACGUCAGCGAUCCAGAUUCGAGUCCGCUACACGACUGAGGAAAUGCACUCGCUGUGGUGGAUUAGGUCAUAAUCGGAGCACAUGUUCCAACCCCAUUAUACCACGGACCGUUUAA